AGUAAGUAAGUUAUCAAUGUAAAUGUAAAUUGAUACUAUCUCUUGAUAGUGCACACAACUAUGCAGAAUAUUUGUCGCGAUUGCUCUUUAUUAAAUACAUAAUUUUAUUUUUAAUUAGCGAUCCCAAAAGGAUUGUAUAUUUAUUAUUUCGACCGAUUUGAAAUUUUGUGUACGCGCGCUUGGUUCCUUUGCCAACAGUCGCAGAUAACGUGCUUUCUGAAAUCUAACCUGUACUUUGAUAGUUUGGUAUCGUAGUGUUAAAUGUCCACUGUCCACGUUGUAGAGAUGGUGUCUCGAAAAAUCAUAUCUAAAUCUAGCUAAAAUCUAAAUCGUGGGCAUGGGCUCUUAGGCUUCUUUUCUUUCUUUCGAUUUUCUCGUAAAAUCUGUUUUAUCCAAAUUUUUUUGGCCCCUCUUAAGCCCACAGUUUAAUUGACUCCACUAUUUAAAAAUGAAAACCUCAAGAGCCAAAAAAGCUCGCAAGACUCUUGGGUUUUAUGUAAACAAUUACAAGUUUCAUCAACCAUUUCAAGUACUUAUUGAUGGCACAUUUGCGUUUACGGCAUUACAGAACAAAUUUAACAUUCAGGAGCAAAUUGCAAAGUAUUUUCAAUUUGAAAUAAAACUGCUAACAACGGCAUGUAUCAUCUCGGAAACUGAGAAACUUGGUGUAUUCUCUCCAGCAGUUAAUGGUGCCACGCAGAUAGUGAAGCAGUAUGCUGUACAUAAAUGUGGACACGAAAAGAACCCAAUAAGUGGUUCAAAAUGUUUACGAUCUAUGAUAGGAAGAGACAAUAGUACAAGAUAUAUUGUUGCAACGCAAGAUCGCGAGCUUCAGGAUAAGUUGAGGCUAAUUCCUGGAGUUCCUAUUAUUUACUUACAUGGAAAAGCACCCACGCUAGACUCUCCUUCAGAAGCGAGCCGUAAACACGCUGAAGCUAUGCAGAAAGGUUUGGGUAUGACUACAUGGGAAAAAGAAAAUGUAAAAGUAUUACGAAAACAAGCAGGACUAGAAGAGAAAGAUAGUAAAUUGAAGAAGAAAAGGAAAAAGGGAGGACCAAAUCCUCUUAGCUGCUUAAAGAAAAAGAAAAAACCAGAAGUAACAACAGUGAACAAAAAUAGUACAAAGUCUGGCAGAGUCAAAAAGAGAAAAAUUAAAAUAGCUCCACACAUCAAAGAAGCUCUACUAACAGAACUAAAAAGUAAAAUGUAAAACAUAGAAUUGUAUGAAUCAUGCAAAUUUUGAAUAUAUAUUCUGUAUAUAUUGUAUGUAAUAAGAAUAUAUAUAUAUAUAUAUAUAUAUAUAUAUGUAAGAAGUAAAAUCGUUAAAAAUCAGAAAUUGAGAAAACAAAGCGUUUUGUUGCAUAUUAGAUCAAUGUUCUUUGAUGACUUGAAAAACAAUAAAAUAUUUAUUUAAAUAUUUUACUAGAUAUAUGUAUGUAAAGUUUUAUGAUAGAAUAUAUAGUUCUUAUGAUCAUGUUAAAUGUGAAAAUGUUUCACGGAAGAAUCUUUCAUAAUUUACAGUAAAACUUGGUAUAAAUAACCGAAACGUGAUUUGUUUAACAGAAAUAAUUUAUAGUGUUUGAUUUUAUUAAUGAAAAAGUAGGGACGUGUGCUAUUUUAAAUUACGAUUAAUAUUAUUUAAAUAUGAAAAUAUAUAAGUGACUAAGAAAAAUAAUUAACAAAAAGCUCUGACUUCCGAACAAAAUUUAUAUUACAUCCUUCAGUACGAUAUUAAA